AACAUGAAAAGUAUAAAACUUCGAGACAUAUAUCUGAAAACUUUGAAACAUGACUAACGUACUAAUAAUUAAAAAAGAGUCAUAACAAAAGUACACAAAAUAUUAAAAAAGUUAAAAUUGAUUAAUAAUGAGCCCGGAUUUUUUUUUAAAGUUCCAUUUUUUGUUAUUUCAACUUUUCAGUCUAACUUUCGGAAUGGUUUGAUAUUCUCUGGAUGUGUGCUAUCCUAAUAUUAUAUGUUCUGGAUGUCAGAGAAAUCUCUACCUACGAAAGGCUGGAAAACCUCCUCGAGGUUCAUGGGGAGAAAAGAUUGCCAAAAUUUUUUUGAUGAUUCUAAUGAUCAUUUGUUGAUACAAAACCAUUUAAUUGCAACGUUUGCGUCAUGGGAAAAAAGAUACUUUGUGAUUUUUAAAGUAAAACCUUUGUCAUACUCAUAUUAUUGGGCAAGUGUUAUUCAUUUUACUAUUGGAGAGAAUAUGUGGUGUUAUGGAGAUAGAAACCCUGGUGUCUGGUUUUUACCCGAUGGCUCUGGAAAAUUGCGCAUUUAUUCUUCGUUAAACGGAAAUCCAAACGAGUAUAUUGACUCCCCUUCUCUAUUACCAAAUAGCUAUUCUACUAUUCAAGUAUGUCAAGAUAUUAUUGACGGAAAUUAUUUAUUUGCAGUAUAUGUAAAUGGAACAUUUGUUCAGAGCAUUGUUAACAAAAUGCCUCAAGCUUUUGAUAACGUUCUUGUUUACGCUGCAGAUCCAUGGCACGAUGCAAAAGAUGGUUACAUCAAAGACCUCAAAGUUGUAACUGGAAAUGGAAACUUAUUAGAAGAUCUUAAAGAACAUGCGUUGAUAAAAGAUAAUCUGAUCGCAACAUUGCCCUUGCUAGAAAAAUCAUACUCUGUUUCUUUUAAAGUUAAACCGAAAUCAUAUAACGCAGGUGAUUAUAUAUCUGUUAUUCAUCUGACUAUUGGAGGUGAUUAUGGGAUUAACGGGUAUAGAAUUCCAGGAGUAUGGUUUAACAACGAUGGCUCAGGAAAGAUGUUAAUUUGCUCAUCAGUAAAUGGAGAUCAUAGCUAUUGCAUUUUAACGGAACCAAUAAAGUCAAACGAAUGGUCUAGUAUUAGAAUUUCUCAAUUUCAAAUUAAUGAGGUUUAUAUGUAUUCAGUGUAUUUGAAGGGAAAUAAUAUUUAUAGCAUUAAAAAUACACUACCACAAACAUUUACAAAUAUAAAUGUGUAUGCAGCAAAUCCAUGGCACAUUGAGCUCGAUGGUUAUAUUAAAGACCUAAGAAAUAUUAAUGGAAAUGAAGAGACAUGUGGUUUAAUAACCAUGUUUUCUACUAGCGUUCAGAAUGAAGAAGUACGUAUUCACAUAAACUUAACAACAAAUUGUGAAUGUUAUAUCCAGAAUGUCACUCUUUAUCUACAACCAGAUAAACUUUUGAUAUUUAAAAGAUUUUUAUGGAAUGAUUCAAGCUUAAAUGAGUCAUUUGUGGAAAUAGAUGGAAAGUACAUUUUUGUUGAUAUCCCCAAACUUUCUAAAGAUUUACCUGUAUGGUUUUCGGCUAUCUUUGUUUAUGGACAAUAUCGGAAUUGUAGGGUUAAUGCAUCUAUGGAAGGUCAUUCUAAAUGGAGUUGUUGUUAUGGAGAUCCAGUAUUUAAAGUUAAUCAACUGAAUUUCAAUGUGCCUAUAAUAGAAAGAUUUAAAACACCAGUAGUCAAAAUGAAUCCAAUAUCGUCAAAUAGCGGACCAAACCAAAAAAUUUUUCAGACUGAAAAAUAUCAGUUUGUGUGCACAAACUUGCAGAAAAGACAGCCAAGUCCUUGCUAUCAACGUGAAAUAUCAACAGGAAUAAUUACGUUUUUUUCAAUUCAAUUGUUUGAUGUAAUCGGAUACGAUUCUAGCACAGAAGUUUUAUAUGGACGCACGAAUAGAAAUAAUGUUAUUGAGAUGAACCUAAAUAACAGGAAACCUUUAAUUAUAACUAAAGAAAGAUGUUUUAAAACAAAAGCAUGCCAGUCAUUUUUUAGUUAAAAUCGACAUAAUUGUUUCUGUGUUUACAUCUUAUACGCGUCAUUAGAAAUUUUUUUAAUUAAAGUUUGAUAAUUUUAAUUAAAAGUAUAUCUUUCCGCAAAUAAAACAAAAAUGCACCAGCCAAACUUUUCAUGUAAAAGUUUACGACAUGAAAAUACAUGUAUAUGCACAUAACAUAAUAUAUUAUU